GUCCUUUAAAAUGUGCAUUUUCCUCAUGGCGUAGGCCAACACUUCAAGACCACCAAGUGUAUUGUACUACUUUCAGUACUUAUGGAUUUUCUAGAUGUCUGUGAUGCGGAAAACUGGGGUGAUUCAUCUGAUGCAAAAGACCUCCAUGCCAAGUUGUUCAGUCCACGGAAUGGAACAGCUGUGGCAAGUCCCAAGUCCAAUAAAUCCAAUGCAACCAGAAAGAAACAGACUACGGUCGGUGAAGAACAGACUGGAAGCAAAAAGGCAAAGAACACUAAGAAUCAAGGGUCUGGAAAUUGGCAACAUGGUUCAAAGGAUGAGAGGGAAGCCAGUAGACUAUCAGAACAGAGUGAGAAUGCUGGUACAUCACCUAAAAAUGCUAAGGUGAAGAAGAAAAAGAAGAGGCAAGUUGACGACAGUGAAAGCAGAGCACCACCCAAGAAACAGAAAGUGGUGCAGUCAAUGGAUGAUUCUAUCACAGGGGAGGAACGGGACAGGGAACAUCUACAAGAACCUAGUAAAUCUGAGCCACUUGCUGAAGACCAAAAUGUGAAGAUGAGCAAGAAAAAGAUGAGAAAACGGAAGCCCCGAAAUAACAAAUUCAAGACAGCUGAGUUUGGCUAUGUGGCACCACAGAGUAAAGCUGUGAGAUCAGACACUGAGUUGAAAACUCCAUCUCAGAGUCUAACUGGAAAAUUUAACCCACAGAAUUCAGAGUUAGAAGGAAAGGCCGACAAAAAUAGUGAGAAACCUGCCAGGAAAACAUCCAAAAAAGCCAAACACAAAAAUGCCAUCCUACCGAUAGAAGAGUUGAAUGCAAGGACACCAUCAAAACACAAGGUGAAGAUCUCAUCGGAAGGUGAGCAGUUGCCCACCAAAAACAAAGGAAAGAAAAAGCUGUCUACAAAUUUUGGCAAGCCAGCGGAUGUUGGAAAUGAAGUUGAGAAGCAACGGACAAAGCCAGCAAACAAAUCCCAAAAUGUUAUGAGCAGAAUCAAUUCAGUCACCCCUGCAAAAACGGAGGUUACAGCCACCGGUUCAACAACUGCAUGUCAAAGGGAGGAGAAUAGCAAGAUGACAGAUGAUCAAGACGAAGACUCAGUGUCAGAGUCAGAUGAACCUCUGCUUGACCCAUCUGCUAGGCAGGCCCUCAGGUCUAAGAUGGAGGCCCAGCUUCAGUCAGCCCACUUCCGCUACCUGAAUGAGCAGCUGUACAAGACCACUGGCUCGCAGGCUCAAAGGCUGAUGGAGCAAGAUCGGGAAGCCUUCAACAUCUACCACCAGGGGUUCUCCCAGCAGGUCAGGAAGUGGCCCGUCAACCCCCUGGACAAAUUCAUUGAGGACCUGAAGUCCAGGCCAGCCAGCCUCGUUGUUGGCGACUUUGGUUGCGGAGAGGCACGCAUCGCACAAAGCGUCCACCAGACUGUCCACUCAUUUGACCUUUGUGCACUGAAUGAGUAUGUGCAAGUCUGCAACAUGGAAAAGGUACCAGUGAAGAGUAACAGUCUGGAUGUGGCCAUAUUCUGCUUGUCCCUGAUGGGAACCAACUGGAUAAGUUACCUCAAGGAGGCCAACAGAGUCCUCAAAAUGAAGGGUAAGCUGAAGAUAGCCGAAGUUGCCAGCAGAUUUGCAUCGGUCGCCGAAUUCCUGAAGAUCUUGAAGCAACUUGGUUUCAAGAAAGAAUCAAAGGAUUAUUCCAACAAGAUGUUCCUGAUGUUCAGCUUCAUCAAGGAGGCACCCCCUAAGACUGUAGCCUCGGAGAAGGGUGAGGUUUUGCGACCCUGCCUCUACAAACGACGCUGACAUGCGAGCUACAGCAACACAGCAAUCCAACCACCGACUCACCGAGGAUGUUGGCAAUAUAUGGGCUACUCCACAGGCACCUUUGCUAAUUUCCAAGUA